AUGACCUCAUGAUUUCCCGAGACGAGCUCAAAGGCUGCUGUUUCCUCUGUCAAUAUGGACCUCGAAGUUUUGUAAUAUUUUGCUCUUGAUUCUUCUCACUUCCAGCUCAAUUUGGGUCAUGUCGAAAGCAAUGCUACGAACACUCCGGCCAGUCUCCGCCCUUCACUCCCUCAGAUCGCAAGCUCAGCGUAGCUUCAUAACGCUCCCUGGCACUGAAUCACAAAGCUUGUCAGCUACGAGAAUACUUCCUUACAAAUCCAGCAGCCUGUACACUUUAAUUGCAGAUGUCGACAGCUACUCUUCCUUCGUCCCGUACUGUGUGGAAUCGAAAGUCACAAAAUGGUCCGAGGCAGACAAGAACGGACAACGGUGGCCUUCGGAGGCAGAUCUGAAAGUUGGGUGGGGCGGAUAUGAAGAAGAGUUCACGUCAAGACUAUUGUGCGUGCCCGGUUCUGUUGUCGAAGCUCUCAGCGGCGAUGCUGUCACGGACCUCUCGAAAACCGACCUCUCCCACCAUUCUGCAACCUUUGACGCUCCAGCAAUAGCGAACGCAAUCUUCCAAUCUCUAAGCACGCGAUGGACAGUCAAGCCGUUCCACUAUAGGCCACCCACAGGCCACCCACAGACGGACAAGACGGUGCACCCAGCAAGAGACCAGACCGAAGUACAUUUGACGCUCAAUUUCCAGUUCUCGAAUCCGAUAUAUGCUGCAUUGAGCAAGGCCGUUGCACCAAAGGUUGCUGGGAUGAUGAUCGAAGCAUUCGAAGUCAGGGCGAGGAGGCUAUUGGACGGCCCUGGGUCUGCCAUCCCUGAGAAACAUUCCUUGGACGAGAAGUUUAGUACUAGAAAGAAAAUCAGUGUAUAAAUGGUAUAGACAAGGGUUUGGAGGACUUGAUUUGCUAGAGAGCGACUUGUACCAACAACCCAUAGAUGAUUGAGAAGACAUGUAGUUGUACGACAAAGACACCAGCAUUAGAUUACUCCCGACUCUCUGGGAGACAGUCCUAAUUCAAGCAGUUCGAAGUCAACCAAUAUCACAUUUGAUAUUGUAGGGCUACAUAAGAAUGUAAUAGUUACUCUUCCUC